AUGGCCGGCAGGGAAGUUCGUGAGUAUCUCACCGAUCCUAAAGACAAGAAGUUGGGGAAAGGGAAAGAUAGAGUCGAUGAUGAAGAAAUUACUUUCCAGCGCAUGUUGCCAAGGGAACUUGGCUUCUCCCACUGGGUGCUUGAUAUGUGCAGAUGCAAGAGAUGUAUUUCGGGCACAAGACACAGCGUGUCCUCUCAACUUCAUGGAAACUUCCCAAUUCUCGACAUCGGGUGCCGAAUUUUGUUGUUCCUAGAACUGGGCUUCCUUGAUGAGAAUAGCUUGAUCGUCAUAUCCAGAUGCAAUAUACAAGCCAUGCUUGGCCCAUCUAACACAAUUAACGGAGCCGAAAUGACCAUUGCUGGAGGCGAGCGGGUGAGCGUGGAGGUCAGGGAGGCGCUGGGAGAUGUCGGGCGGGGGCAAUCUCAGCAGCAGAUCUUGGAUCGAACGGCGAGUUGCUCGGGAGUGGAGAUGAAAGGGAUUGAAUUUAAGUCGUUCUUGUCGUCGCUCCGCCUGCUACUGCCGCCUCCGACGACGUCCGCCGCCCACGCUAGUAGACCGGCCAUUUUAGAAGCUCCGACUUAG